AUGGUUGAAGAAGUCGCUAAGAAGAUUGAGCAAUUGGCUGUUGACGCUGAAACUGCGAAAGUCGUUGCGCCAAACGGUGCCGAACAAGCUUCACAAGCUCCAAAAGCUGAUAAUAAACAACAAAAACCAAAAGGUGAAGGUAAAAAGAAGAAAGAUAAAAAUGCAGGUGCUGCUUCAAAUAAAUUAUAUUUAGAACCUCAACCAGAAUUUAUUGAUGAAAGAAUUCAAUUUUUCGAAAAAUUACAAGGUGAAUAUAAUGAUUUUGUCGCUAAACAACCAAGAGAUGCUAUUAGAAUCACUUUAAAAGAUGGUACUGUUAAAGAAGGUGUUGCAUGGGAAACUUCUCCUUUCCAAAUCGCUUCAGAAAUUGGUAAAUCAUUUUUGGAAAGACAAUGUAUUUCAAAAGUUAAUGGUGAAUUAUGGGAUUUAGAACGUCCAUUAGAAAAAGAUACCGUUUUAGAAUUCUUUGAUUUCUCCACUCCAGAAGGUAAACGUGUCUUUUGGCAUUCAUCUGCCCAUGUUUUAGGUGAAUCUUGUGAAUGUAACUUAGGUGCUCACAUUUGUUUCGGUCCACCAACUGAAGAUGGGUUCUUUUAUGAUUUUAGUGUUAAAGGUGGUGAAGUUUCAGUUUCUCAAGCUGAUUUCCCAAAUCUUGAAGGUGUUGCUAAGAAUGCAAUUAAACAAAAACAAAAAUUCGAAAGAUUAGUUGUUUCUAAAGAAAACUUAUUAAAAAUGUUCCAUUAUUCAAAAUAUAAAAAGUAUAUGAUUAACACUAAAGUUGCUGAUGGUGAAUCAACUACUGUUUAUAGAAAUGGUCCAUUAAUUGAUUUAUGUGUUGGUCCUCAUAUUCCACAUACUGGUCGUAUUAAAGCUUUCAAAAUUUUGAAAAAUUCUUCAUCAUAUUUCUUAGGUGAUGCUAAAAAUGAAUCAUUACAAAGAGUUUAUGGUGUUUCAUUCCCUGAUAAAAAAUUAAUGGAUGAACAUAUGAAAUUCUUAGAAGAAGCUGCAAAGAGAGAUCAUCGUAAAAUUGGUAAAGAACAAGAAUUAUUCUUUUUCAAUGAAUUAUCACCAGGUUCAUCAUUUUGGUUACCUCAUGGUACAAGAAUUUACAACACUUUAUGUGAAUUAUUACGUACUGAAUAUCGUAAACGUGGUUAUGAUGAAGUUAUUACACCAAAUAUGUACAAUGCCAAAUUAUGGGAAACUUCAGGUCAUUGGGCUAAUUAUCAAGAAAAUAUGUUUACAUUUGAUGUUGAAAAGGAAAAAUUCGGUUUAAAACCAAUGAAUUGUCCAGGUCAUUGUUUAAUGUUCAAAUCUCGUGAACGUUCAUAUAGAGAAUUACCAUGGAGAGUUGCUGAUUUUGGUGUUAUUCAUCGUAAUGAAUUUUCAGGUGCUCUUUCAGGUUUAACAAGAGUUAGAAGAUUCCAACAAGAUGAUGCUCAUAUUUUCUGUACUCAAGAUCAAAUCGAACAAGAAAUUGAAAAUAUUUUCGAUUUCUUAAAAUAUGUUUAUGGUGUUUUCGGUUUUGAUUUCAAGAUGGAAUUAUCAACAAGACCAGAAAAAUAUGUUGGUGAAAUUGAAACUUGGAAUAAAGCUGAAUCUAACUUAGCUAAUGCCUUAAACAAAUGGGGUGGUAAAUGGGAAGUUAAUGAAGGUGAUGGUGCUUUCUAUGGUCCAAAAAUUGAUAUCAUGAUCUCAGAUGCUUUGAACAGAUGGUAUCAAUGUGCUACUAUUCAAUUAGAUUUCCAAUUACCAAAUAGAUUUGAAUUAGAAUACCGUACCAAAGAUGUUGCAUCAGAAGAUGUUAAAGAUACUGAUAGACCAGUUAUGAUUCAUAGAGCUAUCUUAGGUUCUGUUGAAAGAAUGACCGCUAUCUUAACUGAACAUUUCGCUGGUAAAUGGCCAUUAUGGUUAUCACCAAGACAAGUUUUAGUUGUUCCAGUUGGUGUUAAAUAUUUUGAUUAUGCUCAAAAAGUUCAAAAUGAAUUGAAAAAUGAAGGUUUCUAUGCUGAUGUUGAUGUUAGUGGUAACACUUUACAAAAGAAAGUUAGAACUGGUCAAUUACAAAAAUACAAUUUCAUUUUCAUUGUUGGUGAACAAGAAGAGCAAUCAAAAUCUGUUAAUAUUAGAAAUCGUGAUAUUGCUGAAUUACAAAACAAGAAUGAAGCUGUUGAAUUAUCAACUGUUAUUAAACAAUUGAAAGAUUUGAAAGAAUCAAAGAGAAAUGAUAAUGCUUUGAUCUAA